GGGCGCGCCAGUAGCACUUAUGCGUCGCCGUAACCAUGACUAAUGCUGUCAUGAAGCCAAUGACACGCGAUAACACGUCUUCUUUCGUUGCCGUACCAUAGGUGGUACUAUUUGUUUUGAUCUUCACGUUGCACUGCUGUUGGAUGCUGACACUUGGUUUGAAGACUGGAUAGAAAAUAUGGUGAAACCUACAGAGGAGGACAAACUAGUCAUCGGAUGCUGGGCAGAAGGAAAAGUCCUGGACCGGGGCACCUUUGGAUGCAUAACGCUAUGGCAUAACACGAAAACUGAAGAGACCAUAGCACUCAAGAAGUGCCUGCGAGGCGUGGCUGAAAUGACAGACAAGCUGCGGGAACGCUGGGUUCAAGAAGUGGAAAUCCUCAAAAAGUUGGACCAUCCCAAUGUUGUUAAAGGACUUCCUGUGCCAGAACCACUGCUGGUGCUUGCUUCAAGCCUGCCAUUUCUCGCAAUGGAGUACUGCAGUGGUGGUAACCUUCGAAAGAUGCUGCAACGACCCGAAAACUCUUGUGGUCUUCAUGAGAAAGAUGUACGCUGUGUGCUCAGUGAUGUCACAGCAGGGCUACAGUACCUGCAUGGUAACCACAUCAUCCACAGGGACCUGAAGCCUGAAAACAUAGUUCUUAAGGAUGUUGAGGGAAAGACUGUCUACAAGAUCAUUGACCUUGGCUAUGCAAAGGAGUUUGACCAGAGCAGCUUAUGCAAUUCAUUUGUGGGAACAUUGCAAUACCUUGCACCUGAGCUCUUUGAGAAAAAGCCCUACACCAGGGCAGUGGAUCUUUGGAGCCUGGGCAUUCUUGCCUAUGAAGUCAUCGUAGGACAGCGACCAUUUUCCCCAACAGCCUCCCCUGCACAGUGGAUUCCUUUAGUGCAUAAUAAAAAGAGUGGCGAUAUUCGAGGAGACAUAGCACCUAAUGGAGAGCGUUGUUAUUGGAAGACCCUUCCUGAUGAAACCAGCUUGACCAGUGUUUUCAAGAAGGAUAUUGAGGAGUGGCUUCAAGUCUUACUUGAGGCAAUGCCAGGACAGAGGAGUGGCCGUCGUGGUUUAACAGUAUUUGAAAUUCUCGAGGAGCUGCUUGCACAACCAACCGUGCAUGUGUUCUGCGUUGCUGAAAUGACAAUGUUAUCAGUUGCAUUGACGAGUGAAUACUCCAUCAUGGACUGCUUGUCACAAGCCUUGAAGAAUGCCACAGGAGUAGAGGCUGCCGACCAGCUGUUACUCACUGAAAGUGGAAAAGUCGCAAGCAUCAAGUACAUUAAAAACCACUGUAAGCGAUUCCAGGAAGCUGGAGCGGUGAUGUUUUACCUCAUUGACACUUCUGGUGAUACUGACAAGUAUGAAGAGUCACUUUGGCUUCCACAGUUGUUGCAAGAGUGCACAACUCGGCUCUCGGACAACCGCACCUAUUUGAAGAGCAUUGAGAUCAGGCGGGAGUGGGCUUUGGCAGCCCACACUGUGCGCCAGUCAGUGCACAUAUUUCAGAAUGUUGCACGUGCCUUCCGCAGCUUCCAGGCACACUUGAGCUCGGGGAUUCCUGCACUGCAGAAGGCAUUGUCACGCAUUCAUGUCGACGUGAACAAGCUCACAGCUGUGAUGAAGGUUGUGCAUGACAGCUACACAACAGAUGUGGAAUACCUAAAGCAUUGGAAGAAAAGCAAAGGUGGAUCUUCGGCUGAUACAGGCAGUUUGCUUAAACAAUGGUCUGUUUGUGAUGAUCUGCUCAGCGAUGUUUACAACCUGCGCAAGAAAGUUGAGUCCUGCUUCAACAAGUUCAACAAGCUAUGCACCAUCCUUGAGGAGAGUCAGAGGACCCCAUAUGGCCAGUGUACACCAUUGGAAAUUCUUGAUGACAUCGUGGCUCGAGUGUUGCAACUUUACGAGAAAGGCAAACAGAAAAGAGAUUAUGACAGUGUGUCCAGCAUCUGCACGGAUAUGUGCGAAACUAUCCGUGAACUUGACCAAGAACAAGAGCGUAUCCUGAAGCAUGUCAGCCCUUACAUGAGAAACAUGCUAGGAGUCUUUCACGAGCUUGGUAACUUGCAGCGUUGUGUCUGCAAGUUGUCUGACAGUAUAGUAUCUAUUAACCAAGCCCUAUUUGUUGAGCAGCGGAAGCGCCAGCAGUCUAUCUGGAACCUGCUUCAAUCAGAAACUACACGUGUACAGCCGGUUGUGCCUUCAGCUCAAGACCAAAUCCCGCCUUCUGCUGGUGACUGUACUUCCUGGAAUUAUUUAUGUCAGCAGAUGGAUGAACAGUUAAAGGAGAGCAGAGCACAGUGCAGUGAAGCUGAGACUGUGUUCGAAUUGGUUGAUGCAAACAUUGCCAAGCUGGAGAAAGAGUGCAGUGAGCUGUUGAAGAGCAUGACCACUAAAUAAACUAAAAAAGCCCUCAUCUGGUCAUCUGUGCUUAGCAUUCCAUCUGCCUCGUCUUUGUUCAGCGUGGCUUCCCUUUGAAAGUACUAUUAUCCAAAGUGCCAUGAUCUGCCAGACUUCUUGUUGCACUAAUGAGCAUAGCAGUUCUCUGGACCUGAGGCCGGCUUACACUAUUUAAAGAGAAGCUGCCAUCUCAGUUAUCUCAAUUCCCACCAUGCAGAGUAUAGUUAAGAAAAAAAAAUAGCUUGUUAUUUCCUUACCAUUCUCAGAUAGUCUGAUGUUAAUCCUAGAUGAGCUUGAUUUUGUAAUGAUGAGUAAGUGCUGUACGCACAAUACAUAUGGGCACUGUGUGUUAUGCCGCUUGUCCGUAGCAUCUUCCUAGCUGCAAUAUCACUGCCUGAUAUCGAAGUGUAUAGUUCAUGAAAUGGCUUGAUGAGUACAAGAAACUCGGCUGAUUUUGAGGGUGUAUUUUAGUACGAAUUUAUGGGUGGGGAGGGGGGGGGGGGGCAGACUCUCUUUUGUGAAUGCCUGUCUAAUCGAGGCAGUCUUUCAUUUUUACUUCGCACUUGCAUCAUCUGUUUAUACUCUGUUGUAGUUCGUUUACACUGCACUCGAGGGUCACGACCAGUUUUCUGGCAUUAUAAAAAUAGAUGGGUGUCAUAUACAUAUGUAUGGCCCCUUAGGUGGUCCAUGCUUGAUUGGCAUUAUGCGUCAGUAGACAAGGCUCAUACAUUCAACUUGGAUGCCUGAAGGCUGCUUUGCCUGCUAUGCAAUAAAUCUUAUUGUUGCUAUGCGUAUCUUUAAUGUUUGAGUGUGCACAAAAGGCAGGGAGUUUAGUUCCAAUUAAAGAAGCCAGGUUAGAAGCUUUUCUUAUGAGCAAGAAGGAGUAUAAAUAUUGUACCCACUUUUAGGCAUAUUUUGCAACACAAUGGAUGCUACAUGUGUUAUGUGAACUGGACAUCAUUUCAUGGAGAACAGUAUUUUAGUUUAGUUAAAUAACAAGUUCCAAACAUAUGCAGUCAGAAGAAUGUAUGUGGAUAGUCUACUAGUUGAAAGUGUUCACCUCAUUUACAAACCUUUUCAUUUUGACUUUUGCCAUCUGUUCAGAUUUUUUUCGAAUUGUGGAAGUACCUCAUUUCGUGCAUAGUUGUCAUUAUUACUUGUUCUACAGAUGCAUUGUUCUCUUUUUGUGUGUGUUUUUUUUUAAUACAUAUACAUUUUCUUUUGGAACCUGUACAGUAAUGUUAAUGGCCGAAUACUUGCAUAAAAAAUGCCUUCACAACUUGCCUUCUUUGUAUACACUCUGCUGUUGUUGCUGUUCCAGUUCUCUGUGCAGUGCAUUGUUGUUAUGUUUUGCACCAAUAAAACGUGCUGGCCAACUUGUGUUCAUUUGGACUGACCUAUCCA